AUGAACACCUAUAACUCUACCACAGACAAACACAAUGAAGACAUGCUUUCCAAUACUAAUAAAUACUUAAAACUAUCCCCAAUGUUAUUUACUCCUGGUAAAUUAUCUUCAUUUGAUUCAUUAGACCUAUAUACAACAUUAAUUAAAUCGGGGCAAAAUUUAGAACAGGGUGAAAGAUUAAGUAAUAUGUCAUGGAGAAUACUCAACAAAGCAUUAUUGAAAAGAGGUAAUAUAAAUGUAUCUAAGAAGAGAGACGGUGUACGGAAUUUAUAUAACGUGAUAAAUCCAAACAAAGGGAAAAUAUCAAAUAAUACUGAUACCAACAAGGGUACAUGGAAAAAUAAACAUACCACUAGUAACAGCACCAAUGCUAGUAACCACACUGUAAAUCCUACUACAAAAAUAAUCAAUGCUUUAAGCCAGAAUAACGGUAUUUCCACUAAUAAUAAUGAUAUUAAUGCUAAGGUAACUACACUUGCAAAACCAUUGAUUAAAACCCAAUCGUUGUUCAAGAUCAAUAAUAAUAAUAUAGUAAACCAUAACGAUAUCUAUUUCAGUGGUGAGGAAUUGUCUGAAAACUCUUCCUCAUCAUCCUCACUGACAAAUCAAAAAAAGCCUUUCCCUAAUAAAAAGCAGAGCAAUAAUACUAAUAUAUUUAGGAGCAAUCAACUUGAUAACAACAGGAACACAAACAAGAUAUAUUAUGAUGAAAACUAUUCAGAUGAUGACGAUUUAGAUGAUGAUUAUAGUGAUUCAGAUUAUGAUAGCUAUGAUGAAUAUAAUCAUGACGAUGUUUAUUAUAAUAAUAAUUACUAUCGUAGGAAUCGCAACAAUGUAAAAAAUAAUAGUGUACAUAAGCAUAGCACCACAAGCAGUGGCCAUAAAAGGGAUGGAAAAUGGAAUACUUUGAUAAAGUCAAAAUAUGGCAACGCUAAUCGUGCCACUGUUACAUCUAACAACGAACUACUGUAUUCUGAGGAUAAACAUGAACACAAAACUCUAUUCCAACAUGCAUUAUUAAACGGUACAGCUGUUUCAUCUCCUUCAGUAUCUUCCUCGGGCUCAUCUCAUAAUAAUGCAAAUACUAAUAUUCACGACAAAAAUAAUAACGGCAAAAAUAAAAACAAUAACGUUGUUUUUAGAAGAGGUAGUUUUGGCUCGAUGGUGUCCGAAGCUACUAGAAAAAGAUAUGCACAUUCUUCAAAUGCGCCACCAACUGCACAAACCUUACUACCGACUGCUUUAACCACGCAUAUGUUUUAUCCAAACAAUAUUAGGCAGCAACGUAUAUUACAAAAGCAGCAUAAGAUAUUAUUAUCAUCUGCUAUGGAUGAUAUCACCAGUGCAAAGAACGGUGCUGAUUUUCGAGAUGAAAGCGAGGAAGAUGAUGAGGACGAUGAAGUCAUGUUUUAUAGUGAGAGGUCUGCCAGAAGGAAGAAAAUAAUUAAUCAAAAUAACCAGUGUAAUAAUAUUAAUACCAAUACCAUUAUUAAUAAUAAUAACGAUAACACUUAUAAUACUAAGGGUGCUAAUGAACAAAAUAACAUACAUGGACAUGAUAGUAACAAUAGUUCUGGCUUUGAUUUAUAUGUUAAAGAUAAACAAAAAAUUAGAUCAUUAUUUUCAGGACAUACAAAGAAUUAA